AUGGAAGUGCGGCUCCUGCUCCUGCUAACUUCGCUCUCACUGAUUUCACAGUCAGAAAGUGAUGCAAACGCAGUGAAAUCCGUUAAAUGCACCGAUUUGGACCCAACACAGUAUGUUUUCCACUCAACAAUUUUGAAAAUCGAUAUUUCAAACAGAUAUCUGUGCAAAAGCUAUGCGAUCGACCCGAAAACUCAACAAUCGGUUACUUGUGCUCCGGACAAUUCGAUUAAAGGUGAAAACAAACAGAAAUCAAAAAGAAAUUGCUGAAACCCGAGUUUCAGUAGUGUGCGAAUCGGCGGAACACAUCAAAUGCAUCGGAAAAGAUCAGUCCGGAGUUUUCAAUAAAACGGUGAGGAAAUUAUAGGCAACUGCUUUAUCAAAGAGCUCCGAAAGUUCAGAUCUCCGACGGAUGUCACUAUGGAGCUCACGUGAGCUAUUCGACCGCCGUCCUUUUCUCCAUCUUUCUCGGAUUCCUCGGAAUCGAUCGAAUCUAUCUCGGGUACUACGCCAUAGGUGAGAAAGUUCGUGAAAACUCUGUACCGUCCAUGUUCUCGGUGCAGGUCUCAUAAAGAUGUUCUCAUUGGGCGGUCUCUUUGUGUUUUGGCUCGUCGACAUCAUUCUCAUCAGUCUUCAACUUCUUGGACCCGCAGAUGGAUCCGCCUACGAGAUGGCCUACUUUGGACCACGGGUUCAGAGAAUAAGAUGGGUUUUUUUAUCCGGGUUUUAUCAAAAAACGAGAAUUUCAAAACUAAUAAUCUUCUUUUUUCACGUUCGACAGCCACACCAACUUCUCAUUCUUCACAUGCGACGGAUGCCCCUAG